AUGUCAGCCAUCAAAAACUUAAUCGUAUUUGGGGCCCAUGGUAAAGUGGGCCAGAACUUGAUCAAGAUAGUUGCUAAGCUGAGCGUCAAGGCUACAGCGGUUGUGAGAAGCGACGAGCAAGCCUCCGCCAUCAAAGAUAUUUCGUCUAGUUCUUCAAACAUCACCACUACCAAAUUGGAUAUUGCAGAUGCAUCGGUUUCCGACUUGACUUCUGCUAUCAAGGGUCACGAUGCUGUUAUUUUAACCGUUGGCUCUGGUGGAAAGAACUUGUUGCAAGUGGAUUUGGAUGGUGUGGUGAAAGCUUUUGAAGCCACAGUCGAAGCAAAGGUUAGAAGGUUGAUUUUGGUAAGUGCAUUGUUUGCCGACUAUCGUGAAGCUGGUAUUCGAUCUGGUAUCAGAAACUACUACAUCGCAAAACAUUAUGCAGACCGUAUUUUGAUUGAUGAGUUCGGCCAGAAGUUGGACUACACGAUUGUCAAGCCUACUUCCUUGACAGAUGAGUCGCCUACGGGCAAGAUCAGGGUCUUGAAAAGUAUCAGCGAAGACCGUGGAACUAUCCCUAGAGCUGAUGUUGCUCAAGCUCUUUUCGAUAUUCUUAGCUUUAAAGACACAUUUGGCAAGAGCUUUAACAUUGCCAGUGGGGACAAGAGCAUCGGCGACCCACAAACUUAUCAAUAG